AUGCGCUCUGCUACUCUUGCCAUCCUUGCUGCGCUUGUCGUAUCGGCCGUCGGGACCCCAGUCCGUGAAGAUGGCCUCAAGAUCCCCUUGAGUUCGCGCAAGCGGUUCACGAAUACAAAAGGUGUUGCGGAUAUCUCGCGCCUGCAGGGCCACCUUUCUAGGUCUCUCGACAAAGUGUCCCGUGGCUUAGAUGCUUUUGAACGCAACACUGGCAACAAGCAUCCAUUGGACUCUGGCAACCGGCGUCCGUCCAGGCGCGCGACCGGCGGAGAUCCCUUGACAGACGACGAUGAUGGGUCGCUCUGGCAAGGACCCAUUUCUGUAGGUUCACCCGCAAAGGGAUUCACCGUGGACUUCGAUACGGGCAGCAGUGACUUGUUCCUUCCUGGUGUGGAUUGCCUCUUGACAUGUCUAGGACAUACGCUAUACAACCCGGGCGCAAGCCGAGUGUCUACCAACACUCGCCAACGAUUCAGCCUUGCAUUCGGCGACGGGUCGACAGUGCAGGGAACUGUCUUCACUGAUACUGUAACCGUAGCCGGCCUCUCAGCGACAGGCCAAGCGGUUGGAGAGUCAUCUCAGUACAGUACAGGGUUUGAAAAGCAGAACUUUCCACCAGACGGCCUUAUGGGGAUGGGGUUCCAGCAAAUAUCCGUUUUCAACGAACCUCCGUUCUUCCAGACACUCGUCAAUCAAGGGACAGUCACCUCUCCCGAAUUUGGCGUCAAGCUCUCGACAUCAGGCUCCGAGCUCUUCCUUGGCGGCGCCGAUACCUCACUCUUCACUGGGUCAUUAACCUCGGUUCCGGUCACGACAGUGGGAUUUUGGCAAGUUACCAUGGAUUCUAUCAAUGCGGCGGGCAAGGCCGCAGGCUCUAACCUCGACUCGAUCAUCGACACGGGGACGACGCUCGUGAUCGGUGAUAUGAACACGGUGGCAGCCCUAUACGCGGAAAUUCCUGGGUCUGCCGACGCGAGCGAGACCGCCGGACCAGGCUUCUUUACAUUCCCUUGCGAUACUGACCCCGAAGUCAGUCUGACGUUCGGGGGCAAGAGUUUCCCAAUUUCGCUUGACACGUUCAAUCUAGGAUUAUUGACCGAAGGCGGCGACGAUUGUGUCGGGGGCGUAAUGGGAGCUUCUGGUCUUCCGGCGGACUUCAUUGUCGGCGAUGUCUUCCUGCAGAAUGUAUACACGGUCUUCAAUGUCGGGAACACGACAGUUAGUUUCGCAGACCUCGCUUGA